AUGAAAAAUUAGGAUCAUUUGGAUAGAAUCCACACUGCAAGUACUAUGGCCUAGACUGGACAGCAAUCUCAAUUUUGGUAUUAAUUCGAAUGUGAUUUUAGCUAAGUCACUUUCGGUAAUAUGAAAAAAGAGAAAAAAUAUAGGGUCAAUAAUAGGUAUUAAAAACAGGAUAUGGACGAUAAUCCUAUUGAUGAAGAAGAGUAGAUUAGAGAGUACCAGAACUAAAAGGAAAUAUAAUAAUUUUAAUAAAUAGACUUGUAGCCAAAGCAAAUAAAAUAAAAAGAAGAUGAGUACGAGAAAUUAAUUAAAUUUAAUGAAUAUAAUUACAAUGAUGGCAAUCAAUUUGAAGAACCUGAUCAAGAGUCUCCCAUUUAAAAACCCAAGAAAGUCAAAGGCGAUCAUCUUUACAUUGCUUGUUAGAGAAAGCCUUUAGGGGAAUUCUUAAAGAAGUAUAAUUUAUAAGAUAUUGCUCAUCCUUACAUUAAAAAGGCAACAAAAACUAAAUGCUGCUUUUUUGCUGUGAAUACUGAAUAAUCUCAUUAUUAGACUUAAAAAUAAAAUAUUAUUAAAGUAGGCCAAGAGUUAUAUAAUGAUAAAAAUGAAGAUCAUUGCAACUUACUAUACUCAAUUUUCUAUUUAAUAUCCCAAUUAGAAACAUUAUCAAAACGAAAAUCAUAAGAGAUCUCAAAUAAUAAAAUUAACUUAUUCUAAUUAUUUUAUACUUUGUCUUGUGUUACAGAAUUCAGAGAUGACUUAAUUUAGAUUGGUAAAUUCGUAGAAAAGAAAGAGAUGAUUGUCUCUGUUAUGUUUUUUUGUUCCAAAUACAUUUUUGAAGUCUUGCAAUUUGGAAGUUUAGAUCCUAUUUUUAAAUACACUCAAAGUAGUGGGGAAACUUUCCAUAAUCUAAUGACUUGUAUUCAUAUGGGUGUUUUUCGAUAUAUUUCUACUUCUAAUUACACUUAGGAAUAAGAAAUCUAUUCAAAUUUACAAAACCAAAGUAUAAAACACCUUUUAGACAUUUGGAAAGAUAACAAAUUUAAAAACAAUUGA